ACGAGAGGUAACAGUGGCAGCAGAAAAGCAGGGGGAGAUUAUAUGCUUAUGAAAUGAGAGCCUCUUUACUUCCAAUUUUCAUAUUUUUCUCUGUGGUGCUGGUUGGAGAAGGUUCAUUUGAAAAUGUUUCCAGUCAAUGUCAUAAAGUUGUUGCUGACUGUAUAGAAAUGCAUUCCGUCGCCAUCCCUCGGUGUGUUGAAACAAAGAUGAGAAACUGCAGAAGACGUCGAACCAGAAUAAACACCCCAGGCUUGUACUUGCAAACUGUGUCUCCCUCCAGUGAGGCCAGAGUGGACACAGAGUAUGGACAUGUAAUUUAUAUUCCAUCAGAAGCUGUCCUGAAAAGCGGUGGGGAGCACCUGAAAACUAGUGGCCGUCGAGUGGACUUGACUGUAUCCGUACUCAACACAAGCCUUUUUGAGGCACCUUCAGAUGAAGGAUCUCCUCACGAGCAGAUCUUAGGAGUGUGGCUUGGCAUGAGAGAUGUCCACAACCUUUCUAAUCCUGUUAGGAUUGUUUUUGUAAAUGUCAGUCAGAAUGGGACUGGAAAAUGUGUCUUCUGGAAGCUGUCAAACAAUAGUGAGCAAGGUAACUGGAGCACAGAUGGCUGUAAAACCACACAGAACAACUCAGACUUUAUCUGCGAAUGCAAUCACCUCAGUUUCUUCGCAAUGCUAAUAAGCCCUGAUGUGCCAGACCCUGCUCACGUUCAGCGUCUUGUGUAUAUCUCAUACAUUGGGUCUUCUCUGUCUGUGGUAUUCACAAUCAUCAUCAUCGUGCUGUUUUUAUGCCACAGGAAGUCGAAGGCAGAGCACUCUGUCAUCAUUCAUGUACAGCUGACAGGCUCACUGCUGCUACUGCACCUCUUCUACCUGGCCAGUUCCAUUUGGUCCGAACCAGAGUGGGCAGUUUGCCAGGCCCUGGGGCUCAUGCUGCACUGGGCUUUGCUGGCCACUUUCACCUGGACAGCCAUCGAAGGCUUCCAUCUGUACCUGCUGCUGGUGCGGGUCUUCAACAUCUACAUCAGGAGAUACCUGCUGAAACUUAGCCUGGUGGGCUGGGGACUUCCUACAAUUACAGUGAUGAUCUGCGGAGUGGUUGGUGCAUAUGGCAAACACACAGUCACAAAGAACACCAGCAGUGUCACAGUAGCCAUGGACCUCUGCUGGUUUAAGACAGAAAAUGAAGACGGUAUCCAUAAAGCAAUGAAGUUCGUAACAGUGACUGGCUAUCUGGGGCUGGUGCUGCUCUUCAAUGUCGUUAUCCUGGCAGUGAUGGUGGUGAAGACGCGGCAGCUGAGAGCACGGAGCAUCCAGUCCAGAGGCAGGGUGAGGAGGAUGUGGAAAGACUUGGCCACCAUACUGGGACUCAGCUGUGUUUUGGGCCUCCCCUGGGGGCUGGCAUUCACCAUUUAUGGACCCCUGAGUCUACCGGGAACUUACCUCUUCAACAUACUCAAUGCCUUUCAAGGUGUUCUGAUGUUCCUGUGGUUCCUAUCCAUCACUUGUAAAUCCAUUCAUGAAGAGCAAAAAUCAACAAAGGACUUCACACAGAGCCACCUCAGCUCAUGAUACUGGAUCUGAACCACAAUGCAAAAUCUUCUGUACUGACAUGUUGCAUAAUGGACAAUUUGUUUAUAGUCAUAACAGUUACAAUAAAGGGACAAUGUAUUAUACAUUCAGUCUAUUUACUUUGUAUUUGUCCAUAUAGAGUUUAACUAUACAUAAAUAUUUUAUAAUAACAUUGUAGAUUAUCACAACAACUCAAUGUAUUUUAACAUUCACACAGUUUUAGGUCACUGUGUUUACACAUAUGCAAAUAUUUUAGGCAGUCAUGGAAAUUGUUUAGGAUUAUUUAUCUGUUAAACUCUUUAUUAUAUUGGAAGAAAAACAUAUAAACAUUUCACUAAAGUUUCAGUAAAGCUAUUGAGCACACCUACUUUAUUUAAUGAAGGACUGAUUAGUCAAACUAAGCUUUGCAUGGUACCUGUAAAUACUGGGCUUCUUCAAGGAGAGCUUUGGAAAUGGUCAACUCUGAAAUAAUGUCAUACAAACCCAUUUAUCUGGUCAGUGAGCAUUGAUUUAUAUAAUCUGCACAUUUUAAUGCACAAUUACUGUUACAGUAUGUUAAACACAGCAAAGUGAUAGAAAUAGUGCACUAUAUUCACACACAACUAGGGUUGCCAGGUUUUAGCUGUGACAAAAUUGGGACACGCCGGCAACAUGGGUGGGGGUCGAGGCGGUGGUGUCUUUAUCACAUCCCCCAUUUUGUCUUUUAUGCUGUUUUUGUUAGUUUAUGUGUGUUUUAAAACAGUUAUAUAACUGUAUUUGCUUUAU